AUGUCCAGCAGCAUCUCCACACAGUCUAUCCUUUCCGACCCCCACUCGACCCGUUCCGCAUGGAGCUCCGGAUCGACCGUGACUCCGGCUUCCUACGCCCCCGCCCUGUUUACUCCUCCCUCACACCCUCCUCUCAAAAAGCUCCCCCAGUUCCCUCCUACAUGGACCGACCAGCAGCGUGCCAACAUCGCCCUCCUUGAGAACCACUUCAACGCACCAGGCUACACCCUGCCCACUGAAGAUGGCAGCAAUGAGCGUGCCCCACUGCACGAGCGUGAGAUGAUGUUCCUCUCGAGGGAAUGUUUCCUCAGGUUCCUCUAUGAUACCAGGAACGAUGCUCGUCUGGCCAUUACCAGGCUCGAGAAGACGAUCGUUUGGCGCCGGACAUCAAGACUGGAUGACAUUGAGGGCGCCAGUGAUGAGCUGUGCGAGGAGUCGAAGAUGGGCAAGAACCUCGUGCUUGGCUAUACACCGACUGGUCAGCCCGUCGUGUACAUGUUCCCCAGCAGGAACACUGGCCCGCUCGAAAUCCAAAGGACCAUGCACGUGUUCUUCAUGUUGGAGCGUGCGCUCGACCUCAUGGCAGACGGCGUCACGACAGUCACCCUUGUCAUCAAGUUUGACGAGACACGGCAGGGCCCCCGCAUGACCGCCAAGGUGGUCAGCCACAUCUUUCGCUGUGUGGCCGACCACUACCCGUGGAUGUUGGGCCGCACCGUUGUGCACAAGCUCCCUCGCCUCAUUCGCGCGUUCACCCGUCUUUUCUGGCCGUUCAUCGACGCGCCGCUCAGGGAGAUCGUCACCUUCACUUCGACCACUGUCGCUGAAGCCAAGGCCGUAGACAACGACCAGCUGCUCAAGGAUUGUGGUGGCGACCUGGACCUUCCCUACGACUACGAAACAUACUGGCCGGCGCUCAUGACCGCGUGCCACGGCCGGCGCGCAGACCAGGAGCUGCGCUGGCGGUCCCUCGGUCCUCCUCGCGCGGGUCGUGAGGAGCGCAGGUUCAAGGUCGCUCCCUCAACAACAAGUCUCACUCCGCCCAAGAGAGGCCUUCGUAAGCCCGUCCCCUUGGCGUAG